UUUGCACGGUGUCGUGAAAAAUCAAGAUCAAGAACAGCUGAUUUGCCGCAAUCUGCCGGGAUAUAUUUAAGGAAAUAUAGUCAAACAUAGUCGAGGAAAGAUGACUGCCUUCGAAGAAAUGGGUGUUUUGCCAGAGAUAGCAAAGGCAGUUGAUGAGAUAGACUGGACAUUGCCAACCGAUGUUCAAUCUGAGGCCAUUCCACUUAUUCUGGGCGGUGGAGAUGUACUGAUGGCUGCGGAAACUGGUAGCGGAAAAACUGGCGCCUUCUGUUUGCCCAUUUUACAAAUAGUCUGGGAGACUCUCAAAGAUUUGGAGUCUGGAAAAGGAGGUGCAGCUGUCGCACAGGCUCAACAACCAACACAUUGGGGAUUGAGCCUAUUUGAUAGAGGACGAGCCUUGGCAGUAACACCGGAUGGUUUAAGAUGCCAGAGUAGAGAGCAAAAAGAGUGGCAUGGGUGUCGUGCAAAUAAAGGGAUUUCAGGAAAUGGCAAGUACUUUUUUGAGGCCAUAGUUACCGACGAAGGUUUAUGCCGAGUUGGUUGGUCUACAUCACAGGCCUCUUUGGAUUUAGGAACAGAUAAAUUCGGCUAUGGAUUCGGUGGUACUGGAAAGAAAUCGAAUGCAAAGCAGUUUGACAACUAUGGGGAGGCCUUUGGGAUGCACGAUGUGAUCGGAUGCUUUCUCGACUUGACGAGGGGUGAAAUAAAGUUUUCCAAAAACGGCGUGGACUUGGGCGUCGCGUUUACAUUAAACGCGCAGCAAAAGUCGCAGACUUAUUAUCCAGCUGUCGUAUUAAAAAAUGCCGAGAUGGCCUUCAAUUUUGGAGCGCAGCCAUUUAAGCACUCGCCUCCAAAUGAUUAUGUGGCCGUAUCAUCCGCUUCGAAGGAAUCCGUCAAAUGUAAUCCAGUCAGCAGCAAUCAGAACCAAUCAAAGGGUAGCGAUAAACCGACAAACAAUGCACCCCAAGCAAUCAUUAUAGAACCUUCCCGCGAAUUAGCUGAACAAACCUACAAUCAAAUUCAAAAGUUCAAAACACACGUGAAAAAUCCAACGGUUAGAGAAUUACUCGUUAUCGGUGGCGUAAACGUGAAAGAACAGAUUGCCGUCUUAAAUUCUGGUGUGGAUAUAGUCGUCGGGACUCCUGGACGUCUAGAGGAUCUUAUACAAGGCGGUUACUUGUUGUUGACGCAUUGCAGGUUCUUUGUGCUGGACGAAGCUGACGGAUUAUUGAAGCAGGGUUACACCGAACUUAUCGAUCGCCUGCACAAACAGAUCCCAAAAAUCACGUCGGACGGCAAGAGAUUGCAGAUGAUCGUUUGCUCGGCAACGUUACACGCAUUCGAAGUUAAAAAGAUGGCCGAACGUUUAAUGCAUUUUCCAACUUGGGUAGAUCUAAAGGGCGAAGACGCAGUGCCCGAGACUGUGCAUCAUGUCGUAGUAAUGGUAGAUCCGCAAAAGGACAAAUCGUGGUAUAAUCUGAGAAAUCAUUUAGAAACUGACGGUGUACAUGCGAGAGAUAACGUGAGACCAGGAAACAGUACUGCCGAGACGUUGUCGGAGGCUGUAAAGAUGCUGAAGGGAGAGUACUGCAUUCGCGCUAUCAAGGAACACCGGAUGGACCGGGCAUUGAUAUUCUGCAGGACGAAACUCGAUUGCGAUAAUCUCGAGAGAUACCUGAAACAGGCCGGUGGACAGCAGUUCUCGUGUGUGUGUUUGCAUGGAGAUAGGAAGCCCGGGGAGCGUAAAGCCAAUCUAGAGAAAUUCAAACGUCAGGAGGUGAAAUUUUUAAUUUGCACCGAUGUGGCGGCCAGAGGAUUAGAUAUCACCGGCCUGCCUUUUAUGAUAAACAUAACUCUGCCCGAUGAAAAGUCCAAUUAUGUGCAUCGCAUUGGACGAGUUGGCAGAGCUGAGAGAAUGGGUUUGGCAAUUUCUUUGGUCAGUAGUGUCCCGGAGAAGGUGUGGUAUCAUGGUGAAUGGUGUCCUUCUCGUGGGAGAAAUUGUCAAAACACCAGUCUGACUAAUCAAGGUGGUUGCUGUACGUGGUAUAAUGAGCCUCAGUAUUUGGCGGAGAUUGAGGAUCAUUUGAACGUGACAAUUCAACAAGUCGACCCGGAUAUAAAAGUGCCGCUGAAUGACUUUGAUGGAAAAGUUACAUAUGGUGAAAAAAGAAUGGCAAUGGGUUCCAAUUACGAGAAUCAUGUCCAACAAAUGGCUCCUAUUGUGGCGGAAUUGGCCGCGUUAGAAUCCAGAGCGCAGAUCGCAUUCCUAAAGACUCAUAUAGCAGAGCGUUAGAAGCGAAAUACGUGGAUAUUUAACAAUUAAAAUUCUAAUCGAAUCUCGCAAUAUUAUUUAUGAUGUUAUUAAUAUUUGUAAUGUGAUAUAUAUAUAU